AUGGCUCUACAGCUAGUGAAAAGAAUUGAAAAAGGGGCAGGAUUCAGAGUUGCACGAUCCUUCUGCGUGGCUGUCCAUGAGAAAUCGCUAAGUCAAAAUAAUGGGGAAGUUCUGAGAAAUAAGCGAAAACCUCAUGUACCGGUGAUGGUCGAGGAAGUACUGAAAUAUUUGGAUCCUAGUCCCGGUGAGACUUUUGUUGAUAUGACUUUUGGGGCAGGUGGACAUUCUGCGAGAAUUUUAGACAGCACUCCAGAUACAAAGAUUUUUGCACUAGACCGUGAUCCUGUGGCUCACGAGUAUGCAAAAUUGAUGGCAGAAAAAUAUUCUGGACGCGUUAUACCAUUGCUUGGGCGGUUCUCAGAAUUGCCACAAUUACUGCGCAAACACAAAAUCCAGGGUAACACUAUAGAUGGUUUUCUCUUUGAUUUUGGUUGCUCUUCGAUGCAGUUCAACGUCGGUAGUCGUGGUUUUUCUGUAGUUAAAAAUGGACCACUCGAUAUGCGUAUGGAUGGGAAUCGUUGUCCAAACCAGCCGACUGCAGCAGACGUUUUAGCUCGGGCUACAGAGGAAGAUCUUUUUCGGAUACUGAAGGUUUAUGGGGAAGAGAAACAAGCGAAAAAAAUUGCUCGAGCAAUAAUAGAGGCUCGUUAUACUUUCAAGGAACUCGAGACGACCGAGGAGCUUGCGAAAUUGGUCGAAGCAACUCUGGACGAUGAAAGCUUUAUCAGUAGCACUGACGACCAGAGCGAGGUCCGUAGAACCGACAAACUCGGCAGAACCGCUCAUCUCGCCACGAAAACCUUUCAAGCUUUUCGUAUAUUCGUCAAUAAUGAGUUGAACGAAAUCAAUUAUGGUAUUCUGGUCGCUGAAAAAUAUCUUAAAAUAAGCGGUCGUAUGAUUACUAUAGCUUUCCAUUCUCUCGAAGAUACAAUCGUUAAGAGACAUCUUUUCGGCAAUAUUACUGACAACAUGGUCAAUCAAUCCCCCCUCAAAUACUCCAAUUAUAAUAAAUUCUACAAUCAAUCAGAAGUUCAUCAUCUGACCGAGGUGCCAUGGUCGAUGCUUCACAAACACGUUUUGAUUCCAAAGGCCGAUGAAAUCGAUGCUAAUCCACGUGCAAGAUCAGCCAAAUUUCGUGCUCUCGUCAAAGUCAAAUAGAACCAACGGAAUGUGCCACUGCAUAAAACGCUGUUAAAUUUUUACGCGAUAAAGAAGGCUUCGUUUAAAGGGAAUUUGCUUUCACAAAGUGCGACAUCUCUGUCGACAAGAUUUAUUGUAACCUGUACAUAUUGUAUUAAACAUGUUAUAAUAAACAAAAAUGUAGGAAAAUA